CCAAAGGAGGUGUUCCAGGAGACGCCAUUGGAGUUGUGGUACGAAUCUGACAUCCUGAACAAGAGCGCCUUCCCCGUCGAGCACCUGGCCGAUGCUCUCAGGCUGGCGGUGUUGUACAAGCAAGGCGGCGUGUACCUCGACAUCGACGUCAUCGUGAUGCGGUCGCUCGACUCGCUGCCAUCUUGCGUCUGCCAGUCGCCAGUGGAGAAUGGCGACAUGGUGAGCAACGGCUUCUUGGCUUUUAGCCGAGGCGAUCCCUUUCUGCUGUACCUGAUGUUACGCGCACGCGAAGUCUACAGGCCGGAAGAGUGGAGCUCCAUUGGACCCCAGCUGCUGCGUCGGGUAACGCUGGCCCAAUGCGGGGCCCGCGAUGUGAAAACGCUGCUCGGACGCCGAUGUGGCGGCGACACGGGCUUCACG